ACGAAACUAAAGGUACAGUUACUAGUUAGUGUUUUUGUGUGUUUGUUUAUGUGUGUGUCGUGGAGGAGUGAUCUGUGCCUGUCCAUGUGGCUAUAUGACGAACCAGGCUGUUGCCACGGUGACGGUGGUGGUGGGCAUGACACAGAUGCGGGAGGUGGAGUUUGUGCCCGAUGGAGACAUGCAGCUGGACAAAUUGUGUUGGUCAUUGGUCAGACUGGAGUUUACAUGUGUACCUCCUUCACCAUCAUUGGUGGACACUUCACCAUGAGUCAUCAGUAUCACACCAAAAUUGAUGACCUCAUUGAAAGAACCAGCACAUCCAUGACUCAAGGAAUGACAGACAAGCUGCUGUCAGUACUUGAAUCAGUUAUAUCCAAGCUGGGCAGAUACGACGAAGGCAGCUUCAUUGGGUCAAUACUGUCCUUUACGUAUCGUCAGAAUGUAAGUGGAUCAGGAAAGGAGUUGGGAAAGGCAUACAUCAACUUUGCCAGGAACUCUAUGGACCAGAUCAGACAAAAAGUUAAUGAUGAGCUCUGGAUUCUCAACCUGUUUGAGAGAUCUCCAUUCUUGGAGACUUCAAUGUUCACCACCAGCUUUGGCUUUCCUCUUCCUUCACUGACCAUCCUGGUGAACUAGCCUUUAACUUGGCUAUCCUCCACAACCUAGAGCAAUUGGUGCAACACCCUACUCGUAUUCCU